AUGUCUACGCCCUUUGAUAAAACAGAGCCUCCUAAAGAGACUCAUCCCGCAUUGGACAAACAUGUUUCCGACACAGAUACUCAGUCUCAACACAAUGGCACUUCCAAACCCUCCAGCGAAAAGGAGAGCACACUGGUGGAUGAACCUAUAAGAGAUACCACGGCCCCUGAUGAUACAAACAAAGAAGCCACAACUGUUGACCCGUCCAGGGAGCCGGUGGCGAACGAAGACUCCCAGAAGGAAUUGAUCCCACCACAUGAUUCGGAGCAAGAGGCCUCCAACCCGGACGAAAAGAGCGAGAAUGAUAGCCCUGAGAAGGACACAGCGGAAAUUGAAUACCCAUCAGCCUGGAGGCUUGUACUCAUUACUAUUGCCCUGUGUCUCUGUGUGUUUUGCGUCGCCCUGGAUAACACCAUCAUCGCAACGGCCAUCCCCAAGAUUACCGACCAGUUUAAUUCGCUCGACGACGUGGGUUGGUAUGGCAGUGCGUAUCUGUUGACCACCUGCUCCGUGACGCUGCUGUUCGGGAAACUGUACACCUUCUACCCCAUCAAGUGGAUUUACUUGAUUGCGCUCUCUAUCUUUGAGGUGGGAUCUUUGGUAUGUGGUGUCACCCCGAACUCAGUGGGUUUGAUCUGUGGUCGCGCUAUCGCGGGUUUGGGGGCGGCAGGCUUGUUUUCCGGUUCCAUCUUGAUUAUUAGCCAAAGUGUCCCGCUGGAUAAAAGGCCUGUAUAUACAGGAUUGGUGGGUGCAAUGUUUGGAAUUGCGAAUGUCGCUGGUCCAUUGAUGGGGGGCGCUUUUACAGACAGACUCACCUGGCGUUGGUGCUUUUAUAUCAAUCUGCCGAUCGGUGCCGUAACAUUCUUCUUUAUUCUUUGCUUCUUCCAAUCUGCCAAGGCCAUCAAACAGAAGACCGGGUGGAAACAGCAGUUGGGUGAGAUGGAUCUGCUUGGCUCCCUUUUCUUCCUACCUGCCAUCAUCUGCUUGCUGCUAGCGCUGCAGUGGGGUGGCACAAAGUAUGCUUGGAAAGACGGCCGCAUCAUUGCGCUUUUUGUUGUCUUCGGUGUGUUGGGUCUGGCGUUCAUGUGGCUUCAAUACCGGGGUCAGGACCGUGCCACCGUGCCUCCUCGCUUGAUGAAGAAUCGUAACGUAUGGGGAGCCGCCUGGUAUUCCAUGGCGCUUGGUGGAUGCUACUUCGUCCUUGUCUAUUACCUUCCAAUCUGGUUUCAGGCGAUCAAGGGCGCAUCAGCCAUAAAGUCCGGAAUCAUGAAUCUGCCCAUGAUUAUCGCAGUUGUGGUGGUAUCGAUUCUAUCUGGUGGUCUCGUCACAGCAUGUGGCUACUAUACCCCCUUCAUGAUCUUCUCGGCCAUUAUUAUCACCAUUGCAGCUGGUCUCCUGUCGACCCUAGACGUCAAUUCGGGCCACCCGAAGUGGAUUGGUUAUCAAGCCCUUUUCGGUAUCGGCCUCGGACUGGGCAUGCAGCAACCCAUGAUUGUCGCUCAAACGGCCCUCAAAGCGGAAGACGUACCAAGCGGAACCGCGAUCAUGAUGUUCACGCAAACGCUGGGAGGGUCGAUCUUCCUCUCAGUGGCGCAGAACAUCUUCCAGAACCAGCUCUUCCAUAACUUGGCCGUUGAUGCCCCCGGCGCGAAUGCCACAGAACUGGUAUCGGGUGGCGCGACUCUCUUGCGCUCCGCUGUAUCUGGGCCUCUUCUCCAUCGUGUCUUAGUGGCGUAUAAUGAAGCCAUCACCCAGACGUUUUAUGUCUCUGUGGCAAUGGGUGCACUUUCCCUAAUCGGCCCUAUUUUCAUUGAAUGGCUAUCAGUGAAAGAUAAAAAAAUUGAGACGGCUGCGGUGUAG